AUGGUGAAUGAAGACCCCAACCUGGAGGAGAGCGAUGGCACCCCCGAGCAGGAGUCCGCGCCCCGGGCGAACCCCAGCGUCUCUGCCCAUCACAGCGUCUCUACCGACCCCAGCAUCUCCGCGCAUCCCAGCGUCUCGGCGCAUCCCAGCGUCUCCUUCCACCCCAGCACCUCUGCGAACCCCAGCAGUUCAGGCUUCCCCAGUACCUUGGCGCAACCCAGUGACUUGGCCCAGCCCAGCAGCAGCAGCAGCAGCUCGGGGCGCGAGAACCUCAGUGUGAUCAAGGUGAGCAGGCGCCGCUGGGCGGUGGUCCUGGUGUUCAGCUGCUACUCCAUGUGCAACGCCUUCCAGUGGAUCGAGUAUGGCGCCAUCAAUAACAUCUUCAUGAACUUUUACCGGGUCACGGCCUUUGCCAUCGACUGGCUGUCCAUGUGCUACAUGCUGGUCUACAUCCCCCUACUCCUGCCGGUGGCCUGGCUGCUGGAAAAAUUCGGGCUUCGCAACAUCGCCCUCACCGGCUCCCUUCUCAACUGCCUGGGGGCCUGGGUGAAGCUGGGGAGCCUGAAGCCACAUCUCUUCCCAGUCACUGUGUUGGGCCAGGUCGUCUGCUCCGUGGCCCAGGUCUUCAUCCUGGGCAUGCCCUCUCGCAUCGCUUCAGUCUGGUUCGGGGCUAAUGAAGUUUCAACAGCCUGCUCCAUAGCUGUCUUUGGCAAUCAGCUUGGAAUUGCCAUUGGGUUCUUGGUCCCUCCCGUUUUGGUACCCAAUGUCGAAGACCAGGACGAGCUUGCCUACCACAUCAGCAUCAUGUUCUACAUAACAGCAGGUGUCGCCACUCUGCUUUUCAUCCUUGUCAUCUUUGUAUUCAAGGAGAAGCCUAAACAUCCCCCGAGCAGGGCCCAGUCCCUGAGCUAUUCCUUGGCAUUACCUGAUACUUCGUACUUAAAGUGCGUCAGCCGGCUCUUCAAAAACCUCAACUUCGUGCUGCUUGUCAUCACCUAUGGUCUGAACGCUGGGGCGUUUUAUGCCUUGUCCACUCUGCUGAAUCGCAUGGUGAUCUUGCACUAUCCGGGGGAAGAAGUGAAUGCUGGAAGAAUAGGCCUGACCAUUGUCAUUGCAGGAAUGUUCGGGGCUAUGAUCUCAGGCAUCUGGCUGGAUAGGUCCAAAACCUACAAGGAGACAACUCUGGUGGUCUAUGUCAUGACUGUGGUGGGCAUGGUGGUGUACACAAUGACCUUGAGCCUGGGGCACCUGUGGGUAGUGUUCAUCACCGCUGGCACAAUGGGGUUCUUUAUGACUGGCUAUCUCCCCCUGGGAUUUGAGUUUGCUGUGGAGCUGACGUACCCAGAAUCAGAAGGCAUAUCAUCUGGCCUCCUCAACGUGUCUGCCCAGGUAUUUGGGAUCAUCUUCACCAUCUCCCAGGGGCAGAUUAUCGACAGCUAUGGAACCAAGCCUGGGAACAUCUUCCUGUGUGUGUUCCUCGCGCUUGGAGCAGUCCUCACUGCAUUCAUCAAGGCAGAUCUGCGAAGGCAAAAAGCAAACAGAGAGACUCCUGAGGAUAAACUUGAGGAUGAAGAGGAGAAGGAGGAGAGGGUUAUCAGCAAAGCGCCCACCACUGUGUCUGAGGAGCAUCUCUGAGAAAGGUGGCUGUGACUCAGGGACACGGAGAACACCCCCACCUCUUCAGUCAGCACAGCUCACUGCCAGCACCAAGGUCUUCGCAGGGGCAGCUUUUGGAGGGAACCGGCUGGAAUAUUUGUAGCUUGGACAGCAGUGCCUAUGCUUCUGGAACCCACUCAAGAGCUUGCACGGUCUAGUUGGGGAAAAUCGCACCUUUCACCAAAUGCAGAUUCGAUUCCCGCCCCCUCCCCUUUUAGGUUCUGGGAGCUGGUGUUGGGAGAGGCUGUUGGGUAGUGAAGUCAGUCCUGGCUUUGCACCUUGCCUUCCCUCUUCACCUCCAUCCCUCACGGAGAAAGCCUGCAAAAUUAUCAUGGAAAGAAAUCUUAUUCAGGAUAUUAACUUUUACUAGUGUCUUAAGACCCAGUUCUGAGGAGCGGCAGCUGCACUGGAUGAAGGUCAUCCGACUGACUGCUGACAUUCUGUGGGAGAGAGAGCACCAUUGGAACAAACCCACAGGUCCUCUGGACCUAGGUCCUCUUGGCCAAAAGUUGGGGGCUGACUCCAAACCCUCUUUCCUAAGAGCUGAUCAAACCUAACAUCAAUAAACUUGAGAAAGACUUCAUUGUAGCCAUGAAGAAGAAACUGAUUGGGGAGAGGUAACCACCUGGGUGUGUGGGUGCUGGGGGCUACCUUCUGAGUGUGUUUGUGAAGGCCCACAUUGGGGAACUUGGGUAGCUGCAUUUGGGAAUGGGGAGGUUCUUUCCUACAAAAGAAGUCCUUGCCCAGAGAUUCUGUGAGUCAUAGUCACCUCUGAUGCCUUCAGAUGGACACUGCCUUGAGGAACAGGGUGCUUGUUUUCUCUGGAGAGAGGGGAUACCGGCCAUCUUCCUAUAACCGAUCCUGAGAAAUCCAAAGCUGCUUCUGAGAUGAGAGGCCACAUUUGGCUUUUGAAAUGGGAAUUGAGCCCACUUAAAUUAAGGGUAUCCCACCUCUGGUGGGGACAGUAUUUGCACACCUACCCCCUUCUAGCAAUAACCUUUUAUCAGGUAUUCUGAAUUUUAAGGGAUUCCCUUUAAGCCAACCCAGGCUAACCUCCUCUCCUGCUGAACCUGCUGUCUGGCUCUACUCAUAGGCUUGGGUGGGUAGUGUCUCCUGAAAAUAAGACAUUUUGGUAAUUUCUUCUGUACAUUGAGCAGCUGCAAUCAUGACCACUGUUUUGUUUUGCUGUGGCUACUGCCCUGGACUCAGCAUAUGAAGUAGCCUGUGCAGGCGACAGUGCUGGGAUGCUUGGGCCACUGCCAGAGAAGCCAGGGGUGCAUGUGUGUACAGACACUGUUUAGGUGGGGGGAAUAAGUUAGGGAUGAAAGAGAAUGUAUGCCUU